GACCGACCAGACGAGUGUGUUUUACAUAUAUGUGUGUGUGUGUCUUGUGUAUGUGAUUGGACUCAACGGGCUCAUGUGAUGAGGAUGAGGAUGAUGAUGAUGAUGAUGAUGCUCGCCGCCUCAGGCGUGUGUGUGUCGGGGAUGCGGGUGUUCACGGCCGGGGAAGUGAAGGCUGUUAACGGGACAGACGUGCGUCUCAAAUGCACCUUCCAGAGUUCGUCUGCGAUCCGAGCGCCGAGCGUCACGGUGUCCUGGAGCUUCAGGCCGGUCGGCCCCGGACACGAGGAGACGGUGUUUUAUUUCCACGAGAAGCCCUUUCCUCCGCUGGAGGGCCGCUUCAGGAGGAAGGUGGAGUGGGCCGGAGACGUCAGCGGACGCGACGCUUCUGUAGUGCUGCGGAAAGUGCCGUUUAGUUUCAACGGGACGUUCAGCUGUCACGUGAAAAACCCGCCAGACGUGCACGGGAACGUUGGAGAGGUGCGUCUACGAGUCGUCACUACAGCCUCGCUCUCUGAGAUUGUGAUUCUCUGUGUGGCCACUGGAGGCGCUGUUCUGUUGGUUCUCCUGGUGGUGAUGAUGGUCGUGUCCGUGCGCCGCUGUCUCAGACGGAGGAACCCGGAGCAGAACCACAUGACGCUCCGGCAAGAGCAGAAGGUCCUGACGGGCUGGUGAGAUCCGGAGGGUCGCUCGGAGAGAUUGCUAUCACAAACUCACACUCAAAGACUGCCAGCAAACGCACCAGCAACUAGUAAUCACGCCGGGUCACGUGGUUUUACUCCGACGUCUGGUUUCCCAGUGAUGCCAGUUUCCUGGAGUGGGGUGCCUUCAUCUGUGACUCUUUAGCAGUGCUGGGGAAAGUUACUUUGAAAAGCAAUGCGUUACAACACUGCGUUACUCCUUUAACUGCGUUAGUUACUUAUUAAGAAAAGAAAUGCUUUAUGUCGCUUUUGCGUUACUUUUUACCACCUGGACUGGCCUUGUUUUUUAUGACAAAAAAAGUCAUAAUUUUGGGCAAAUGUAAAGGCCCUUUCACACUAAAGUGAAAUAAUAAUCCUCAGGCUGAAGGAAAUGCAGAUUCACUCCUGUACAGUACAGUAUAGUAGAGUACAGUAGAGUGAAUUAUAGUACAGUAGAGUACAGUAGAGUGAAUUAUAGUACAGUAGAGUGAAUACAGUACAGUAGUGUGAAUUAUAGUACACUAGAGGGCGCCACUCACACAAACCUUUCGACAGCUGUUCUGGAUCAUCGAAGUUCAGAAGCAAGUAAAUUGGUUUAUAAAGUGAGAUUAAAUGCAUAAAAAUGUAUGUUUUAUUUAACAUAUUUAGUUAUUGGAGUGAGAUGAAUGCUCAUAUUUAGACACGGUCUCACACACACAUA